AUGAAUAUCAAAACCUUGCAUUUAACCAUAUAUCACAACAACAACAAAAAAUUCCAAACAGUAAUCACUGAUCCUCAUGAUACAUUUGAAACUUUAUUGACCAGUAUAGAAGAAUUUAUGGAUUUCAAAGAUGAUGUUAUUGGAUGUUACUUAAAACUUGGGAAUAGAUGGAGUGAAGUGUCCUUAAAUGAUUCCACAUUCAUGGCAUUCGCACCAGAAAUAAAACAUGUCAAAUAUAUAUUAACAACAAAUAAUAUAAAUAAUCUAAAACCUGAUUUUGUCAUUCAUAUUCCUAAUACAAAAAUAAAAAUUCCAAUAGAUGCAGCAGAUGGAAUAAAUAAUUUGAAUAAAAUGAAUGAAACAAAUGAUUUGAAUAAUUAA